AUGCACACCGGUGGAAGCGACGGUGGUGAAAAGAUCUGUGGAGGCGGUGGUGGUAAUGGUAAUUUACCUGAGGUGCGAGGUGAUUUCUCGAGGGCUGAAGAGUAUUGCACCCGAGCAAUCCUGGCAAACCCUAGCGAUGAAAAUGCUUUAUCUUUAAAACGCCAUCGUUUUCAGAAAACUGAAGGCUGGAAGUUUCUUCAAACCAAUGAUCCUUUCCUCGAGCUCGAAACCCUCCAGGUCAUCGAUGAAUCUGAAUCGCUGAGGAAGAGAAGCAAGAAGCGUAGGAAAGAACAGAACUUGUAUCUUCAGUUGAGUGAAGCCAUGGAUUGUUUAGAAUAUAUUUGCACAGAAGGUUGCAUAAGUGUAGGACCAUGCAACAAAGAACCCACCAAGAACAUGUAUCCAUGUAGCAAAUUCUCAACAUGUCAAGGCCUGCAACUCUCGAUUCAACACGUGGCACAUUGUAAGAAAAGAAUGAAUGGAGGGUGUGUUAGGUGCAAAAGGCGGUGGCAACUCUUCAAACUCCAUUCUUCCAUCUGCGAACUACCUGAUUCAACUUGUAAAGUUCCCCUUUGCAGUUAA